AUGAGGAAGUUGAGAAGGUUUGUCGUUAACGUUGUGUUCAGGAAGAUGAGGGUUGUGAAGAAGCUGAGGAAGUUGAGGAGGUUUGUCCUCAAAGUUGUGAUCAGGAAGAUGAGGGUUGUCAACGUUGUGUUCAGGAAGAUGAACCUUUAUAAAGUUGAGCGAGUAGAAGAUAAUGAAUUCACCGUUGAUUUAAUUAAACCUUAUAUGCCUGCUGCUUCGUGUCCUAUCACUACCAAAUAUCUGAGAGGUCUUUUGUGGGUAGACGACAAGAAGAAGAAUGGAGUUGACUAUGUUGUUGUGUGGCAAUUUCAGGAAGGCCAGUUUUUAGGCUUUUGCAGGAAUGGGGUUUUCCAUUACCGCAAUAUUCUAAUACGGAACAAGGUCCAUGUUCCCAGGGAGUUCCGAGGCCUACAAGAUGUGGUGCUCAAAGGUCACCGUCUUUACUACCUGUCGCACCGUUGCUACAUUCGACAACUGGAUUUGUCUGGACAAGGUGGUUUCAAGGAUGUGUAUCCGCUCCCUAGCUUUCAAAUGUGGAAGCCAUCUAGGCGGCCUAGUGGUGAUUUGGGAAUAACGGGAGUAAAAAAGCUUAUCUCAUCUGGCGAUAGCAUUGCUGUUACAACAUCAAGAGACGUUUUGUUGGUCUAUACCAGGGCUUACGAACCUGUCUGUGAAAGCUCUAGGAUCUUCCGCGUCUUCAAGAGUGAUCCUAAGGACCGGAACUCCAGCCUUGUUGAGGUUGAAUGUCUAGGUGAUGAGGCCCUGUUUUUCGAUUUGGGUAUCACCGUGCCUGCUGACCCUACCCUUGGUAUUGAGCCAAACUCCAUUUAUUUCACCCGUAAUGACCGUUUCGGUCACCGGGGUUGUUAUGUUCCAUGCCUCGACAUAUGUGUGUACAAUAUUGCAACAAGGACCAUCAAACGCUUCCUCAGUGGCUCCACCUUAAAACUCAAGGAUGCGCAGUGGUUUCUCCCCUCAGCUUGAUUUGGUGUUUUCAAGAGUUUCUCUUGCGCGGUCAUUUUCCUGUG